GAUUUCGAGGAGAUUCGUCGUAGUCGACUAUUGACUAGUGCAGUGGACGGCGAAUACAUGCCAAUCCAAGUCGCUGCGUUGGAGAGAAAAGGAAAAGACAUGCUGGAGGUGACGCUGGACUACGCUGUUGACGAAGACACAGUCUUAGUCACAAAUUCAAAUUCAUCUAGUACAGGAACAGGUCGUGGAGCAACUACUUCUUCUACAUCCGACGACACGUCUCGUAGUUUGAGAACUUUCACCGACUUCUUACCAGGGGAUCAAUUUGGUAUUCUAGCCACGAAUACGAAGAGUGUCCAAGACAAGUUCUUGCACCAUUGCAGAGUGAGCUCGGCUGAUAUUUUGACUCAAUAUUUUUUAAAAGACUACGUGUGGGCACCGGCCAAGGCAAACGCUAGUACUUCUUGGCACUCGAGUCCUCUGAAACGCUGGCACGACAAUUGGCGCACCUUCAUGCGAUUCAACGUGAACAAAAGCUCCUAUGAAGACUCUCCUCGUGUCGUGACCUCAUAUUACUCUACAGUUGGCCAUUUGAUUCCUUCGUACAAGCAGGAGAAAGACGAAAAACGGCCAGAGUUGAUGGCGCAGAUGAAUAGGAGUCUAGAAGAGGAAAGUGAGCUGAUUUCCGCAGAGGAUUUGUUGCAGUUCGCGGACUUGACAGAUGCCACGCAGAAAUGCCAACAGGAUGAGCCGAAAGAUGAAACCGACUUGCUGUUACGUCUUGCACCGCAGAGGGAAAGGCUAUUUUCCUUUGCUGGUGGUAAUGAUGGACUAAGCAGGCCAGACCUGAAAGGGAAGCCAACUCUUCGAUUACCGUUUGACGAAAAUUUGGC